AUGCCCGCUGAUACCGUUGGAAAGACCAUUACCUGCAAGGCUGCCGUCGCCUGGGAGGCUGGUAAAGACCUUUCGAUUGAGGAUAUUGAAGUUGCACCCCCAAAGGCGCACGAAGUCCGCAUUCAAAUAUACUACACAGGCGUGUGCCACACGGAUGCCUACACCCUCUCUGGCAAAGACCCGGAGGGCGCUUUCCCCGUCGUCCUGGGACACGAGGGCGCCGGUGUGGUUGAAUCCGUGGGUGAAGGUGUGACCAAUGUGAAGCCUGGUGAUCAUGUUGUCGCUCUCUACACUCCGGAAUGCAAGGAAUGCAAGUUCUGCCUAUCGGGCAAGACCAACCUGUGUGGAAAGAUCCGGGUAACCCAGGGCAAAGGUGUCAUGCCAGACGGAACAUCCAGAUUCAAGUGCAAGGGCAAAGACCUUCUGCACUACAUGGGCACAUCCACAUUCUCCCAAUACACGGUCGUCGCCGACAUCUCUGUUGUUGCUCUGACAGACAAAGCGCCGAUGGACAAGACAUGUCUUUUGGGUUGCGGUAUCACCACCGGAUAUGGCGCGGCCGUCAUCACCGCCAACGUCGAGAAAGGCUCAAACGUGGCCGUCUUUGGCGCGGGCUGUGUCGGUCUGUCUGUCAUCCAAGGUGCGGUUAAGAACGGAGCCGGUAGAGUCAUUGUCGUGGACGUCAACGACAAGAAGAAGCAGUGGGCCGAGCAGUUCGGCGCCACCGAGUUCGUCAACCCUACCAAGCUCAGUGGUCAGACCAUCCAGGAGAAACUAAUUGAGAUGACGGAUGGUGGCCUCGACUACACUUUUGAUUGCACCGGUAAUGUGCAAGUCAUGAGAGCCGCGCUCGAGGCAUGCCACAAGGGUUGGGGUCAAUCCAUCAUUAUCGGUGUUGCUCCUGCCGGUGCCGAAAUCUCCACGAGACCCUUCCAACUGGUCACGGGCCGUGUCUGGCGAGGAUGUGCCUUCGGCGGUGUCAAGGGUCGCACGCAACUCCCCGGACUUGUCCAGGAUUAUCUUGACGGAAAGCUGAAAGUGGAUGAGUUUAUCACGCAUCGCCAGCCUCUGACGAAGAUCAAUGACGCUUUCCAAGACAUGAAGGCUGGAGACUGCAUCCGCUGCGUGGUUGACAUGAAGGUCGGAAAUUGA